AUGACAUCACUAACAACUUCGAAGAACGUGCGAGAUUCAGCUGCUCUAUCACGCACUGGUAUCUACAGUACACUAGGCAAUUUAUUAUCGGAUAUUUCGAGUAUUGAAUCUGAUAAUAUUGUUAAUCAAGAGAAUUUCCACCAAGAUACAGCGCAGGCGUUUGCUUCGUCUAAAUCCGGUCGUGUUUAUUUCGAAACUGAAAAUGCCGUUAUCACAUAUGAAAACGAUUUAUCAUCAAUUGAGCAUAUUCAUAUUCGUUGUAAACCAGCGUCCACUUUUGAUAGAGCCAUCCAUUUUAAUUUAAGUGAAGCAGUAUUAGGUAUUUAUCCAAUAUAUUCUAAAAUUAAAAAUCCAACCGAAGAGGAAUAUGUACUUGUACGGGGUAUCGAUCCAUUACGGGCCGCUGGUAGCAGCAGAAGGAUUAAAGUUGGUGAUUGGCUAGUAGCCAUUAAUGGUAUUUCAUUGACAUCUAAAAAUUUUAAUCGAAUUUUAUCAAAGUUAAAUGUAAGUAAAACGCUGCGAUUAACCAUACGUCAUCCAAUUAAUUAUCGUUCAAAAUUUUCUCUAUCAGAAAAAUUUAAUGUAAAGCCAACACCAACGAUAACAUCUACUACGUUAGAACAAUUAACACAUGAUGCAGCUGAUAUUGAUUUUCUACAUUGUGCCAUGUAUUAUGGAAGACAAAAACAAACGACGGAAAAUGAUGAAGAGGAAACAAAAGCAUUUGAACUUCUUUAUCAACAACCAACACAAAAAGAUAUUUUUCUAGCUGCGAACGGUUUAUUUCCAACAUUAAUCAUGCUUACAAAAGACAUGAACAAUAACGACAGCAAUAAUUUGAGAAGUGUUACAAUCAAUGCCUGCGAACAAGAACUCAAUGUCUGUAUUACAUCUGAUACCAAUGAUUAUUAUCUAGUUAUUAUUUAUCCCCCACUAAAUAUUAGUCGUCAUAUACUUGAAUAUAUAACCAAGAACGUUUCUCGAUUAUUGCAAUUUCUUUUUGGCUCAAUUCACCAAGCAUUUUUUCCAUUGAAUCAAAACGACGAAUCAGUAUUAACUACGUCAAGUGCUGUAAAACAUUUUUUCAAUUUAUUAUUUUAUCGUUUAUACAAUAUGAGUUCACCAAACGUCUCACCAAUAUUAAAACACUGUCGUCUGUCUGAUGAACUUUACAUUGAUCAAUUUGAGGGUAUACCAAAAUUAUUGACUUUAACUGAUGUACAAUUGACAAAUGUGGAUUCUAUAUUGAAUAGUUUAGAAUCUCAAGAGUUAAAUGAAUGUUCAAAUGAAAUAAAUCGUUUUAGACGUCCAUCAUACGUUUACGGUUGUGUUUUAUUUUUUCAAUCGCUACUUGUCACCAGUCAUCUCUCCAAAACAAUUACAUUAGAUAUUUAUCGUUUUUUAAUACACUAUUGUCAUUUAAAAAUGCGUGAAUUACGACCACGUACAACAGAACUAUUAAUUUAUAAAGAAAUAUUUCUAACGGGUACACAUUCAUUUCUUAUCGUGUUUAGUUUAGCCGAAUUUACUUUGGCUGUUGUUGUACAAACGCAUGACUCUCAAUCUUCACCUGAUCAUGUACUCAUAAAUCAAAUUCAAUUCAUUUUAGAAGAAAUUGAACGAGCUCAAUUAACAUCUCAAAUUCGUCAAUCAUUUGUCAAUAACAUAUCACCUUGGAUAAUCUCAUAUCCAUCAAAUUUUGUUAAAAAACAAUUGAAACGAACAAUAUCUCUUCCAUUGCUAUCAGCUUUUACAUCGUCGACUACAAAUGUUGAAACAAGUGACACAAUUCGAAAUGUGCCUGUAGUCACGGAAGAACAUUUAAAUCAACGAGAAUCAUCGAUUGAUACCAGAGCAAAACAAUUGGUAAGUCAAAAAAGUGGUCAAGAUGAAUUAUACAAAAAUCGUCGUCAGUCAUCAUCAUCAACAUUGUCGCUUGAAAAUCAAACAAAUUUCGCGAUCACAGAUAAAAUGCCAUUCAAAUUACAUCCUGGUGAGAAUUCAACAAUAUUUUACUAUCUCGAUUUUCAAUCGUUUCAUGGCUUACUCAUAACACCUUAUAUUACACUUCAAAAGAGUUCAAUGACCGAUAAACAAUUAUUUGAAACAUUUCAAGAAACAUGUCUUAAUAUACGUUUAAAACAUUUUAAAAGAACAAAAACAACAACAACAUCAGUUGUGGAUAAGUCUCUAUUUAAUACAAAACAAAAACCUGUUUAUAAUGAAGUUGGUUAUUUGCAUGUAUUACCACAUCUAGAUUCGAAAGAGACAACUUCGAAAAAGAAUCUACCAGCAUUAAAUUUUUGGAUUGUUGGAAAACAAUGUGUGCAAGAAUCAUUUGUUCACGAAUUUUUUGUAUGUUAUCACGAUUCCAUUGAUCAAAACAUUCAAGAAUUAGCUUUCUCAAUUGGUUUAGCAGCCUAG